CCACGUCGUUGGAGAGAAAACACAGCAGAGCUCCACUGGGAUGGCGUCCACACACACACACACACACACACACACACACAGUAACAUGGUGCAGGGAGACGCGUUCGAGGCUAUCCUGGGGGAACAAGUGGCGGCAUGAUGUGGACACCCGCACCAUGGAUUUGGGGGAUUUUGUUGCUUGGAUCAGGUUCCCUCUGCCAGGAGCUGGUGGACCCCUGUGACUCCGCCCCCUGCCACAACGGGGGCCGCUGUGAGAGCCGCCCCGUGUGCCGCUGCCUCCGCGACGGCGUCCUCUACGGAGGGGAGCGCUGCGGCGUGAGGCUCGUGGGCUGCGAGGGCCACGAGUGCCAGAACCGAGGCUCCUGCUCCCCGUUCCUGUCGGACGGCACUCACGGAUACACCUGCUCCUGCUCACCCGGGCACACCGGACCCCUCUGCGGGACCCCCACCACCUUCUCCUUUGAGCGCAGCGGCUACCUGCUGCUGCGGAGCCCCCCGGUGGACACCGGGGAGUCCUGCAACGUCACGCUCAGCUUCAGGACCACCGUGCCCAGAGCGCUGGUGUUCCAGAGGAGCGGCGGCGGCGGGGGGGCGGGGGGGCUGCUGCUGACUCUGGAGCUGGACCGGGGGAAGCUCCGCCUCUCGCUGAGGAUGGAGGAGGUCUCCGCCCAAAACCAGGUCCUGGAGCUCCCGCACAACGUCACGGAUGGAGAGUGGCACUCUGUGGAGGCUGUGCUCCAGAGGGGGGUGCUCAGCCUGAGCCUGCUGGGUGAUGCCGGGAGCUGCGGGAACCAGUCGUGCCACCAGGUGGCGCCGGUCCAGAGCCCCUCGGCCCGGCUGGAGUCUCCUCCUCAGGACACCUUCAUCGGCGGAGGAGGAGGAGGAGGAGCGCCUCAGGACUCCCCUCUCCCGGCGUUCAUCGGCUGCAUGCGGGACGUGUUGGUGGACUGGCAGCUGGUCGUCCCCGAGGCCUGGAGGAGCGACUCGGCCGUCAACGUGACGCCGGGCUGCAGCCACAGGGACCGCUGCCUCGACGUGCCUUGCCAAAACUCAGGGCAGUGUGUCAACCUGUGGCAGAGCUACCGGUGCCGAUGCCCGAGGCCGUACGAGGGGCCGGACUGUGAGGAGGAGCACGUGCCGGCUCGCUUCGGCAGCGACGACGCUCGCAGCUACGCGGCGUUCGCCGUCACCGACGACCUGGCGGCGGGCUUCUCCAUCUCCCUGUUCCUGCGUACGAGGCGGCGCCGCGGCCUCCUCCUGGCGCUCGCCGACGGCGGCGGCGGCCGCUACCUGCACAUGUGGCUGGAGGACGGCAAGGUCGCGGUCCGGCUGAACGAUCUCAAGACUCUGAAGGCGGAGAGCGCCGUCGACGACGGGGAAGUCCACUUUGUGAGCGUGGAGGCGGCGCGGCACCGCUUGUCUCUGCACGUGGCGGCCCGGAAACAGGCCGAGGCGGAGGUCGCCGAGGCGGAGGUCGCCGAGGUCGUCGGCGUCCGAGCGGGACACGCGGUGUACGUGGGGGGUCUGGAGGAGAGCCGGACCACCUCGCCGUACGGGGGGUAUUUCAAAGGAUGCAUUCAGGACCUGAGGGUCAACGACAGGCGGCUGCAGUUCUUCGGGCUGGACGCCGCAGUCAGGUCGUACCCUCUGGAGCUCAGGGAGAACGUGACCGCGGGGUGUUCAGGGGACAAUGCCUGUGGCAGCAACCCGUGUCUCAACGGCGGCGUGUGCUACUCCGUGUGGGACGACUUCACGUGCGCCUGCCCCCCCCAGACAGCAGGGCGGCGCUGUGGGGACGUGAGGUGGUGCGAGCUCACGCCGUGCGCCGCGGGCGCAGAGUGCAGGACGCUGACCCGGGGCUACGAGUGUUACUCUAAUGCAACCUUCCUGAACGACAGCACCGUGUUGACGUUCCGGGGAAACGGCCACAUCGCCCGUAACCUCACCGGCGUCUCCCUGGAGCUCCGCACGCGCCAGCGCAACGCCGGCAUCCUGCACGCCGAGAAGGACGCCGCCUUCAUCACGCUCUCCGUCCAGGGAGGCCUCCUCUUCAUGGAGCUGCACGGUCCCGCUGGAGAGGAGGGGGAGGGGCCGGGCGUGUCCAGGCUCAGCCUCAGCAGCAGGACGAGCGUGAGCGACGGCGAGUGGCACAGCGUGCACCUGUUCAUGGCGGCGCCGUGGGCGGCGGCCUCCCGCUGGACUCUGGUGCUGGACGAAGAGAUAGAGGACACGUCCGGGAGCCCAGGGGGCAGCCUGAACUUCCUCAGGCGGGGCGUGGACAUCUUCCUCGGGGGCCUGGCCCCCGACGCCGGCCGGCCCCUCGCCGGCUGCCUGGGCACCGUGGAGCUGGGCGGCGUCGCCCUGCCGUACCUCGGCUCCUCCUCCGUGAACCUCCCGCGGCCGCAGGAGGAGCAGUUCACACAGACGUCGGGUGGCCCGGCGCUCCCGGGCUGCGCCGGGGGCCCCGUGUGCCAGCCGGACCCCUGCCUGAACGGAGGGGCGUGCCGGGACCUCUUCAACGCUUACGACUGCCGCUGCGCCGAGGGCUGGGAGGGCCGGCGCUGCAGCUUCCUCACCGACGGCUGCGCCUCGAGUCCCUGCGCUCACGGGAACUGCAGCGUGAGCGGCGCCGGCUACGAGUGCCGCUGCGCGCCGGGCUACGCCGGCGAGGCCUGCGACCGCCAGGUGGACGUGUGCGAGAACCACCGGUGCGCCCACGGGGGAACCUGUCUGCACGGGCCGGACCGCUACGCCUGCCUCUGCCCCGAGAACUACACCGGCUCCCUGUGCAUUGAACGCAUUGAAGAGGUUCCGUGGUACAUCGUUGUCAGAAACGUAGCAAAGCUAAUAUUAAACGGCGGUGAGAGAUCUAGAGGGUUGAGUGACAACAGCUUCAAGUGCUGGAACACGAGGCGCUCAGGAGGUCACACAAGGUCACACAAGGUCACACAAGGUCACACAAGGUCACACAAGGUCACACAAGGUCACAGAAGGCGUCCUAGACUUCCUGUCUCUGUGUGCGGUGAUGACAUCAGGAACUACACCUGCUUCAACGGAGGGAACUGCACCGACAGAGAGCUUCAGUGUGACUGCCCCCCCGGCUUCACGGGACACCGGUGUGAGCAGGAGGUGGACGAGUGCCAGUCCAGCCCGUGCCUGAACGGCGGGUCCUGCCGUAACGUGGUGGCGGGCUUCGUGUGCGUGUGCGACCUCAGCUUCACGGGCGCCGCCUGCCAGACGGACUUGACCUCUGAGGGUUUGACCUCCGACCUCUUGCUGGCCGUCGGCCUGGCGUCCGCCGCCCUGCUGCUGGCCCUCGCGCUCGCCUCCGUCGGCCUGGUGGCGGCGCUGAGCCGCCGGGCCACGCGCGGCGCCUACAGCCCCAGCCGGCAGGAGAAGGAGGGCUCCCGGGUGGAGAUGUGGAGCGUCGCCCGGCCGCCGCCCGUGGAGCGGCUCAUAUGAGCGGCGGGGAAGGGGUUAAUGCGGAAGAAGAAGAGCAGCCAACAGUCUUCCUCUCCACAUCCAGAGCUCCACCCGUCCUCCUGGCUUCACUACCCAGCAUGCACUCUGAUAUCAGCCCACCAGGCCGUGGUCCGGUCCCCGUGGGUCGGGGUCGAGACUCAGAAGAACAUCGCGUUGAAUCCUCAUCAGAGCCAGGCAGAGCGGGUUUUUUUUCAUUUAAAGGGACAGUACGUCCCGGGUGUGUCUCGUUGCCACGGAAACAAUGUGUCAACAAACAAACAAGCAAAAGAUGUUAUUGAGGCUGAGGAGGAGAUGAGGCUCGGUGACUCCCUCAGUGACUUGUCGGGGACUACUUUCAGCCGAGGAGGGAUACACACCUUGGUGCUCAGGUGUUUCAUUUAUUUAUGAAUCAUUAUAAACGCGUUUCAGAGACUUUUAGACCGGAAAGAAGAUAAAAGACUAGAAUCCACUGAGUUUACUUUGUUCUCUGAAUGAGAUGAUGGAAUACGACAGAUUAAUACUUUAGAUUCAUAAACUUCCAUCUGAGUGAAUGAACUCUAACACCUUCCUAGUUAUUAGUGUUACACGUCAGAGUUGAAUUAUUUUUGAACAUAUUUCUACUGAACUGUUGCUCAAUACUAACAGAAUAAUAAUAUGAAUAAUAAUAUGAGUAAUAUUAAUUGUAAUAAUGAUGUGAAUAAUAUUAAUACUUUUAAUAAUACUAUUAUUAAUCAUAAUAUUAAUAACAUGAAUAAUAAUAAUAAUAUUAAUACUAUUAAUAAUAAUAUUAAGAAUAUUAAUACUUGACAGGUUUCAGGAUAAGCUGUUCUAGUCUGACUUGUACAUGUUAGAAACCAGAACCUUUUUGAAUGUCUUUUUACGUGUAUACAUCAUUUUAAUUGUUUAUUGUACGUUUAAAACUGUGAAUUUAAUUUCUACGUUUAA